UAAUGAUGCUAAGUGAUCUGUGAACAGAUGUCUCUGACUUUUAUCCUCUGUUUUUGUGAAUAAUAGUUUUAUUCUCUAUUUAUCCCUUUGCUAAUAUUCUGUAAUUUAGAUAUUAUCUCAGCUUGAGUAUUACACAUGAAAAUGGAAAACGCAGAAGAAAUUUUUCAUUUCUUAGAAGAGUUCUCCAAACGCAAGACUAAAAAUAUACCACAAGAACUAAACGACUAUUUGGCUUACGUAGCUCGUACCGGUGAUCCUGUCUACCAGUGGUCUCUUGUGAAGAGUUUAUUUAAGGAAAAGUUAUUAAAUGCAAUUACGGACUUCUACGAAACUGCACCAGGUAUAGAUAUACCUCCUUACCCAAAUGUAGACCCGUUUAACUAUGAUACCAUGAAAAACAGUCUCUUAGAACGUUUAGAUUCCUUUACAGCAGCACCUUUCACAGUUCAAAGAAUUUGCGAGCUCCUCACAUGUCCCCGGAAGCAAUAUAAUAGAGUGGACAAAUUUAUGAGAGCUAUUGAAAAAAAUAUUUUAGUAGUGAGCACUAGAGAGCCAGGCCUGCAACGUCAUAUUGAGUCAGAUAAUAUCGAGCCCAUGGAACCUAUUGUAAAUGGUUCAGAUAACAAUUCUGAAUGUAAUGUAGAUGUUGAGAUGGAAGACAUGUCAUGGAAAGAAAGUAUUGAACAACCGCAGAUCUCUGAACCACAGCCUGGUUCGUCUGAUGCUCACAUAUCUGUAGAAGAUCUUGAAGCAAGACUUAAAGCUAAAAAAGACAGCCCAGUAGAUAGUAAAGAAAAAGUAGACCCUCAAUAUGAGUCAGUGACACCACCAGAACUGAAUGUAUCACCAGAAGUUCAAACUCCUGAAAUUAAAACAAUUGUAUCAGAUACUAAUUCCGACAGUAUUUCCUCAGUAGAAGAGGGACCUAAGAUAGAUUCAAAUACUAACAUUUUGGAAUUAAAUCUAGAGACAAAAACAGAUGUAGAAAUGGCAACAGAAGAUACAGAGAAUCAUCCAUUAGUUGUCCCUGAAAUAAAAGUUGAUGAUGCAGAAAUGACUGAAAAGAAACUUAAUGAACAAUCAACUACUGCAGAACAAUUGCAGAAUAAAUCAGCAGACGAAGAGACUGUAACCGCAGAUAUAAAAACUACAUCUAAUACUCAACCUGUUGAUGACAGCAGUUCAGAUUCUAUAAAAGAAGAUGCUGAAAAACUUAUAUCUGAAGUCUCUACUUCAAGUGAAGAAAGUUCUUCGUCUAGUGAUGUCACUGAUGGAAAUAGCAAUUCACCAAAGACUGAUGAAGCUCAAAUUGUAGAUGUUCAAGAAGAAACUAACCAAUCUGAUAUCCCAGCAGAAGAAACAGCUAUACAGCCUGCAGACAUUACUGCACCAUCUGUCAAUGAGAACAAGCAUGAAAACUCAACCGAGGUAACUAUACAAUCCGACAAUUACUCUAUAUCAGAUGUUAAUUCUGAGUUACCACAACCUUCACAUGAAGUGUCUAAUCAAAACGUGGAAGCCAUGCCAGAAGAAAAAAAGGAAGAUGAAAAACAAUCAACCGAUGUGGAAAAUGACAGUAAAGACAAAAUCCCAAUUGAAGAUGAAACAAACAAUACAGAAUCAGAUUUGACAACUGAGGUAUGUGAAACAUAAAGCUCUGAUUGUGAUGUACAACAUACAAUUAAUGAGUAGUCUCAGUAUUGUGUAAGAGAAAAUAUAUAAACAUACUUUUCAAUGUAUGUAAAACAAUCUUGUACUUUUCAUCUUACUUAUGACUGCCUGUAUACAUGAAAAGUGUGAUUCAUAUAAGAAUAACACCAUAAAUUUGUCUUAGUUUAUAAGUGUGGAAUAAGUGAUGAUAAUUUCAUACAAGCCAAAACCUUUCAUUGCUCUGCUAUAAUGCAAACAAUGUUUAAAUUUCUUUAUGAUAAUAUAUUGUGGCCAAUGCUAAGUUGCCAUUUCUCUACAUCGUAUCUCUAGAAUUAAAAUUUUAUUUUGAUAUAUCAGUGAAAUUUCGAUUCUCAGGACCAAUAUGAACUAAACUUUAAUAAAUUUAAACCAAAAUUAGUUUAUGAUGGUCCAUAAAAUGUUAAUUUCAUGAAAUUAUCAACUUUAAAUAAUAGGCGUAGAGAACUGGUGCCACAGAAUUGGUCCCAUUGAUAAAACUUUGUUGAGUACUGAACAACUUAUUAUGACAAGUUAUACAACUUGUAUAAAGGUAUCAACAUUAGUUGGACUUUAACAAGUCUUUCAUAUAGCAUAUCUAGCAUAUCUUUUCUGUGAUUUUCUAUUUUGAUAUAACUUUACUUUGGAGAAAACAAUUAUUCGUCAUCAUAUUAGAAGCCAAUGUAGACUCUGGCUACACAAGUCUCACUGGUGGAAAUGUAUGUCAAGUAAUUAUGGAAAGUUUCUCCUAAGUGACUCCAAAAAGUGAUCAUUCAUACAUGUAUUUGUCCAUUUGUACAUUUAAUAUUUCUGUAAUAUUUCCUUAAAAAAAAUAUUAAAAAAUUAAAAGCUUAUCAAUUAGAAAUCCAUUCAAUUAUAAAUAUGAAAAUGACACUGUCUUAUAGAAGUAUACUAUUAUACAUGCUUGUCUAUCAUUACAUCAUUGACGUUUUGAAGUUUUGUAUAAGCCAAAGUGAAGAUAGUGUAAUGAAUUAAAUUUUCUCGCUAUGUUUAUUUAAUUUUACAUAUAUUCAAGUUAGGUUUUUGGUUUUGGUAUCUUCAAACUAAAAAUUCCCGAUAAUUAAAGAUUGUGUCCCACAAAAAGAAACAGACUUCAAUUAUGACAGAACCAGUUAUUUAAAUCUGAAAAAUAAACUUCUGAACCAUUUUUGAUAAAAUUUCUAUGGGGCCAGUCUGUAAGUAUAUCCUUUCGUAUAAAAAAAAAUCCAAAUUGGCUUAAAAUUGACAGAAUUAUGAGGUAACAAGCAUUAAAAAAUACAGCCAAAUUGAGACCUUCUUUUUAAAGUCGAUUAAAAAGAUAUAAAUCAAUAUUGUGUUUAUGAAUAAAUUUAAUUUGAAAUGGAAAUAUAAACAGGAGAGUAAACAAUAAGGCAGGAAUAUUCUUUGAAUUUAUGCAUUU